AUGAGAAUGAACGAAACACUACUGGUCAUAGCUGCAGCGUCGGCAAACUUCUUCUUCCAGUAUCAGCUCUUUGAUUACACUAAGAAAGAGGGACGGGCCGAAUGGGACGCAACGUCGUCACAUGAUUGGCGCCAUAGAUUAUCCCACGGGGUGGCGUUGUUGAAUAUGGGGUUGAUCAUCCUGUCCACGAUCAUGAAACGUGUUGCUCUCAAAGAUGAGGGCUCCGCGGAAAAAGAGCCCCAUCAAACUCCUGGAAUGGAAGCCCGUGUCUCCGAUUCGACUAGGAUGGAAAGAGACGAGAGCAUCCCCGAUCAGGCUUCCAUGGAAGAAGGAGAGAUCUCCAUCGCGAAUUGGGUGGCGGGAGAAUGGAUCACGCACGAGUGCAACCAAAGCGGUGACUUGGUGGGAUCAAUCUCGGGGGCUGCAAAAGCGGCAGCAGAUAACGCGAAAAGGGCCAUCAAUCUGGCGUCUACCCCAACAGAGUUGAAUCAUGCGAUCUCUGCCAACCGUCAUGCCACAGCUGCCCUCGAGGCUGCGACUAACGGACAGAAUAUGAAGGCGGUCAACCAUGUCAAGGAGACUGAAGCGCAUCUGAACGUGGGCAGCCCUCAUUCGGAUGAGUGCAAACGGCUCCUCACAGAGCUAGGCUUUAUGGGGCCCGGCGUGAGCAAAAGGAAAGGUGCGUCCAGCUUCAGACGCUGGGCUCUGUCUCAUCACCCAAAAAGAGGUGGAGAUGCGAACCUGUUUGCGAGGGUCAACGCUUGCUAUUGGUCCACGACCGUGCCUGCGAAGGCGGCGCCGAGAUCAAGGAAGAAAGCGUCGGCCGGAAUCAUAAUUCACCAUAUCAAGGGCUUAUACGAGCGCCAGAGAGCCGAGAACGAGGCGCGGCACAAGUCCGAGUUGGAUGCAAGGGAUGCAAAGCUACUGGCAGAGAUAGAGCGUCUCAGGCGGGAGAGGCCAGCGCCGGCGCCUCUGGCAGGAGGUCCUCCGCCGCCGCCUCCUCCUGGUGGUCGAGGAGGUCCUCCACCGCCGCCUCCUCCUGGUGGUCGAGGAGGUCCUCCACCGCCGCCACCACCGCCUGGUGGUUUUCAGAUGGGUGGUGCAGCGGUGGGACCGGUUGCAAAGCUGUUCAAGGACUUGGGGUACUCUGUGCCCGAAGCAAAGAAGCUGGCUGCCGUGAUCAAGGAAAGCGCCCCCUUUAAGGACGUCCCAAGCGAGGAGGAGAUCGUGACCGACUAUGCACCACAACUCCGCUGGGCGGUAGAUUCUCUUGUGUACCUGAACAAGGGACUCGUUGCCACGGAGCCCCUCUUUGACAAGAGGUUGGCUGCAUACAAGGGGCAUUUCUCGAGAGCCAAGGUGACGCAAGCCAUUGGGAACGCUAACGUUGCAAAGGUGCGCGAUGGGAUGAAGGCAUCUUUGCAGAAGGCGCAGCAUAUGAAAGCACUGCAGGACGCUCUCGCCCGUCGAAGAGUCGACUGA